AUGCUUUCGUUGCACACUCCACUGCCCUUCUCAUCAACCGCUCUCCUCGGCCGCACCAAAACCCACAACCCGAGACACCAUGCCACUCCCAACUCCACUCUCACGAAUCUCCACGCACUCGUCCGUUUGCCCCCUUCUGUCCUCCUUCAAAGACCCACUCUCACAUUCCCCAGUCUCAUCCCCAGAGCAGCAGCAGCAGAUGGAGACCACCCCAUUGCUCCAAUACCGAAAGAGAACCAAGAAGAUUUGGACGACUCGAAAGAUGGAGAAGACUCCAUUCCAGAUCAAAAUGAAGCAAAUGAAGAUAACGAUGACGAUGAGGAGGAGGAGGAUGAGGAUGAGGAAGAAGAAAAUUCCACCCGUACCAAAGACAGUAUCACCAAAUCUGUACCCAAAAAUGAAUCCAAAUCCAAAACCAAUACCUUAAACUUGGCCUUGGUGGUCGGCCUUUGGUACUUCCAUAGCGUAAUCUUCAACAUCUACAACAAGAAGGUGCUCAACCUCUUCCCCUACCCCUGGUUGCUCGCCUCCUUCCAGCUGCUCGUAGCCUCCCUCUGGAUGGGCUUCCUCUGGGCCUCCCGCCUCCAGUCUUUCCCCCGAGUCUCCAAGAAAUUCUUCGCCGCGCUCCUCGGCCCCGCGUUCUUCCACGCCAUCGGCCACGUCUACGCCUGCGUCUCCUUCUCCAAGGUCGCCGUCUCCUUCACCCACGUCAUCAAGACUUCCGAGCCCGUCUUCUCCGUCGUCCUCUCCGCCCUCCACGGCCGCUUCUACCCCCUCCACGUCUGGCUCUCCGUCCUCCCCAUCGUCGCCGGCUGCUCCCUCGCCGCCGUCACCGAGGCCUCCUUCGACGCCCACGGCCUCUGGACCGCCCUCAUCUCCAACGCCGGCUUCGUCCUCCGCAACAUCCACUCCAAGCACAGCCUCUACGAUUUCUCCCACGUCAGUGGCCUCAAUCUCUACGGCUGGAUCACCAUCGUCUCCCUCCUUUACCUCUUCCCGGUCGCCGUCUUCGUCGAGGGGUCCCGGUGGGCGGGUGGCGUCCAACGGGCGCUCGCCGCGGUGCCCACGCCGUGGACGUUCUACGGGUGGGUGCUCCUCUCGGGGGUUUUCUACCACCUCUACAACCAGACGUCCCACCGGGCGCUUGAGAAGAUGAGUUCAUCGGCGUUCUCGGUCGGGAAUAGCAUGAAGCGGGUGGUGGUCAUCGUGGCCUCAGUGCUCGUGUUCGGGAAUCCGAUCCGGCCGCUGAAUGCUCUCGGCUCGGGGAUCGCGAUACUCGGGACAUUCUUGUAUUCGCGGGCAACGGCGACGGAAAAGAAGGAUAAUAAGGCUGUUUCCAAGACGAAGACCAGCUAAAUAAUUGAAAGGUAUCAAUCGAGGAGCCUGGCCCCGUGGUGCCACGGUGACAGCCACAUCUAUUUUACACUUCUUUUCUUGCUUUUUUUUUUUUUUUUUCUUUUUCCACCAUAGCAUAUAGCAUACAAGGAGCAGAGAGAAUAACAAUAAAAAGAUGAUUUUUAAUCAAA